CAUGGAAAGGUCCAGAAUGUACUGUUCUAUAGCUGGAAAGGACCGAGAUCUCACGAUACUUGGCGACGAGAAGUCAGGCAGAACACAUUGAGGCUGCAUCCAGCAAAGCGCUGAUCGGAGACACCGGUCAACGCAUUCUGUUACCGCUGCGUGUUGUGUUGUCGUAAAGCCCAAGUGUACGGAAGUUAGGCUGAAGACUGAGCUUGGAAGAUGUCUGUGGUGGGAUUUGACUUGGGCUUUCAAAGCUGCUAUGUCGCUGUAGCCCGAGCAGGUGGGAUUGAGACGGUGGCCAACGAGUUCAGCGAUAGAAGCACACCGUCGUUUGUCUCAUUUGGACCACGGAAUCGAGCCAUAGGAGCUGCUGCAAAGAGCCAGGUGGUGACUAACUGCAAGAACACGGUGCAGGGCUUCAAGCGAUUCCAUGGCCGCGCCUUUGCCGAACCCUAUGUUCAGUCGGCCAAGGCGAACCUGGUGUACGACCUUGCACAGAUGCCCUCUGGGUCCACUGGUAUUAAGGUGAUGUACAUGGAGGAGGAAAAGGUGUUCAGCGUUGAGCAGGUUGCUGGCAUGCUGCUGACCAAACUGAAGGAGACGGCCGAGAGCGACCUGAAGAAACCAGUGGCUGAUUGCGUCAUCUCUGUUCCCUGCUUUUUCACCGAUGCAGAGAGAAGGUCUGUCAUGGACGCCGCCCAGAUCGCUGGCCUCAACUGUCUACGACUAAUGAAUGAGACCACAGCCGUGACUCUGGCUUAUGGCAUCUACAAGCAAGACCUACCGGCUCCGGAAGAGAAGCCCAGGAUUGUUGUGUUUGUUGAUGUGGGCCACUCUGGUUACCAGGUGUCAGUUUGUGCCUUCAACACGGGAAAGCUUAAGGUCCUGGCGACAGCGUUUGAUUCCGAGCUGGGCGGGAAGGACUUUGACAACAUCCUGGUCAGCCACUUCUGCGAGGACUUUGCCAAGAAGUACAAGUUGGACGUGAGGUCCAAGCCCCGCGCGCUGGUGCGUCUCUACCAGGAGUGCGAGAAGCUCAAGAAGCUGAUGAGCGCCAAUUCCUCUGACUUGCCUCUCAACAUCGAGUGCUUCAUGAACGACAUCGACGUGUCCAGUAAGCUCAACAGAGGCCAGUUUGAGGAGAUGUGUGCAGGGCUGCUGGACAAAGUGGAGGGCCCCCUCCGCAGCGUCAUGGAACAAGCGAAGCUGAGGAAAGAAGAUGUCUACGCGGUUGAGAUAGUAGGUGGCGCCUCCAGAAUCCCUGCCAUCAAAGAGCGAAUCAGCAAGUUCUUCGGCAAGGAACUGAGCACCACUUUGAAUGCAGACGAGGCGGUGGCCAGAGGCUGUGCACUGCAGUGUGCAAUCUUGUCUCCGGCCUUCAAAGUCAGAGAGUUCUCCAUCACAGAUGUCGUCCCUUACAGCAUCUCUAUUAAAUGGAACUCAGGAGCAGAGGAAGGAUUGAGUGAUUGUGAGGUUUUCCCGAGGAACCACGCAUCUCCCUUCUCCAAAGUGUUGACUUUCUACCGGAAAGAACCCUUCGUCCUUGAAGCGUACUACAACAACCCCAAGGAGCUGCCCUAUCCCAACACCUCCAUAGGACAGUUCCUUGUCCAGAAUGUGGUCGCUCAGACAUCAGGUGAAAGCGCAAAAGUCAAGGUUAAAGUUAGAGUCAACCUUCACGGUGUGUUCAGUGUAUCGAGUGCCUCGCUGGUAGAGGUUAUGAAAACGGUGGAUGGCGAGGAGCCGAUGGAGACUGACCAGGCUGUGAAGGAAGAGGAGAACAAAAUGCAAGUUGACCAGGAGGAUCAAAAACCAGAUCCUGGCGCAGACAAGAAAUGUGACACAGAAGAGAUGGAGACAGCGACAGAGGAUGGCAAGCAGGAGAAGAAGAAUGACCAGCCACCGCAGGCCAAGAAGCCAAAAGUGAAAACAAAAACGGUGGAGCUGCCCAUCGAGAGCAAUUUGUACUGGCAGCUGCCCAGCGAUGUGCUAAAUACAUUUGUGGAGAAUGAGGGGAAGAUGAUUAUGCAGGAUAAGCUGGAGAAGGAGCGCAACGACUCCAAGAACAACGUGGAGGAAUAUGUGUACGAAAUGAGGGACAAAUUAUAUGGCUCCUUGGAAAAGUUUGUCAACGAAGCGGAUCGUGAUGCCUUCUCCUUGAAGCUGGAGGACACGGAGACUUGGUUGUAUGAGGACGGAGAGGACCAACAGAAGCAAGUUUACAUCGACAAACUUGCAGAACUGAAGAAAAUCGGGCAGCCUAUUGUUGAGAGAGCCACAGAAGCCGAGGAGAGGCCGAAAGCAUUUGAAGAACUCGGCAGACAAAUCCAAAUGUACAUGAAGAUCACUGCCGCCUACAAGGCAAAGGACGAGCAGUAUGACCAUUUGGACGAGCUGGAGGUGACUCGGGUGGAGAAGCAGGUGAACGACGCCAUGGCGUGGCUGAAUGGCAAGAUGAACCUGCAGAACAAUCAGGACCUCGCGCUGGACCCUGUGGUCCGAGUGAAGGAGAUCCAGGCAAAGUCCAAGGAACUUUACACGGCAUGCAACCCCGCCUUGUCAAAGCCCAAGCCCAAAGCUGAGCCACCAAAGGAGAAGUCCGAAAACGGGCCCGCCAACGGACAGGAGGGAACAGAGAACCAGUCCCCCGACUCAGACAAAAACCCACCUGCAGGCACUGAGCAGAAAACGUCAACAAACAAGCCUCCUGAAAUGGACAUUGACUAAUUUGUUUUGGCAUCCAAACGUCACUGUUCUGAGAUCAGUCUUGAGGAGCCAGCAGCAAAAGACGCAAAGAGUCAGCAUCACUUGUCAAUACUACUCAUUGUUUCGUUCUGUCAACUACUAUUCGUUUAUUUCUUAAUAAUUACAGAUUAGUUCUUCUGUGUGUUUAUUAAUGAAUACUCCCACAGCAUAAUAGUCACACAGGGUUCAUAAAUAUGUUUGCAGAACAUCUUUCUGGGUAUAAAUACUGUUGCAAAGAAUGUGGAAUUGUUGAAGAAUUGUUCCAGAGUUUCUAUAUCAUGUUUGCAUUUGAAUCCACUACUACUGGAUGUUUUUUUUGUAUUUAGAUUCUAAGGAACUUAUUUGUGUUUGUACUAUGUUCUUCAGCUUAUGCUCAUGCAGGUUUUUUCCAUUGUAUGGCAUUGGUUGAUUCAUUCACUGGUAUUGGCAUUUUUUUUCUGCAUCAUAUCGUGAAUUAUGGUCCAGGAAAUCACCUUUCAGGUGCUGCAAUGUUGCCACGUCAUCAUCAUCAUCAUCCGUUAAGAAGAAAAAUAAAUAAAUCUCAAGGACUACAAAACAA